GCGGGGAGAUGGAACUGUGGAAGCAGUGCGCCCAAUGGCUCAUCCAGUGCCGGGUGUUGCCACCCAACCACAGGGUGACUUCGAAGGGGGCCCAGGUCUGCGAUUUGGCCCAGGCCCUGCGGGACGGGGUCCUCCUCUGCCAGCUUCUCAACAAUCUCAUGCCUCAUGCCGUCAACCUUCGGGAAAUCAAUUUGCGCCCCCAAAUGUCCCAGUUCCUGUGCCUAAAGAAUAUCCGGACCUUCCUUGCUACCUGCUGCGAGAAGUUUGGUCUGCGGAAAAGUGAUCUUUUUGAGGUCUUUGAUUUGUUCGACGUAAAAGAUUUUGCAAAG